AUGUUUUUUAUGAAUCAGCAAAGAGACGUCCUAGAGAAGAAGAUUAAUGUCAAUCCAACGGCCAGGACUGGACAUGUCAUUCGAAAUGACGGACGUUUUGUUACUGUAAAACAUGUACACAGGAUAGCUACCUUUAUCCAGCAUUGGCAAUUGAGGAAUUUGAUAGUGAGUUCUCAAAAUAGCACCAUCAUUCGCACCAAGAGAAACGCAUUUUACAGAUAUGAUACAGAAUCAGGUGUAGAUACUUGCUGCCAAGAUAGUUUACCAUUUACGCCAACAUCUAUUCAUACAAAAUGUGGCUUUUUAGCCUUGGGAGGACAAACAGGCAUGUUGAUGAUAAAGAAUCUAUCUACAGGAUGGUACGAUAUCAAAACGGCUGGGCGAGGCCUGAACAACUCAAUAUGUUUAUCGCAACAUCAAGGUGAAGUUCGCAUGACGGUCUGCAAUAAUGAUCAAACGGUGUCGGUAUUCAGUGUACCUGAGAUGGAAAAAAUUCAAACUGUAAAAAUGCCGUCUGCCAUCAACUUUUGCUCUGUGAGUCCAGACAGUAAAAAGAUAUUGCUGACAAGCGAUGAAGGUGUAGCCUACUUGUAUGCCAUCAAUCAAGACGGGCUCUAUGGAGACAGAUGUGAAUAUAAAGUGUCUGAAGAGUCUAGUUUAUCAUGUGCAUGGCACCGAUCAUCUGAGAUGUUUGCUGUGGCAAGUCAAGAUGGGUUUGUGAGCACGUAUACUAUUCAUUCUGCUACAAGACUAUGCCAAUUGAGUUCAGCCGAGACUCGUAAAACAAAGAAAGCCCCCAGAAGUAUACAAUUCAGUACAGGUCCGUUGGAUCUACUCGCCUAUGCAGACCAUGUCAACCAUGUCUAUAUUGUUGACACACGCACAUUUGAAACGAGACAAAUUGUACGACUCUCACCUGAGAAUGAAGACCAUUCCAUCACUGGAUUAACUUUUUCAUCCAACUCGAGAUCCCUCUAUGUGGGCCUGGAAGAUCGCUUGGUUGAAUUGCAAGUUGAUGUAUCCGCAAGAAGACAAUUUGGUGGUGGUCGAUUGAUUCCAUUCUAA